AUGGGGAACCUGCCCUCCACUGCCCAGCUCACUGUUGAAUCCUGGCUGCCCAUUGCUGCAGAGGGGACGAAUGUCCUUCUACUUGUCCACAAUAUGACAGAGAGUCCUUUGAACUACACCUGGUACAAAGGAGACGAGGUGGACAGCAUCAGUCAAAUUCUAUUGUACAUAGUAGCCACUCAAGCAAGUACUCCAGGGCCUGCACUCAGCGGCCGAGAGACAAUGUACCCCAAUGGGUCCCUGCUGUUGCAGAACGUCAGCCAUACAAGACAUGGAUACUACACCCUGCAAACCAUAAAUGCAAAUUUUGACACUGACCAAGUAACUGGAUAGUUGCACGUAUGGCCAGCCCCAGAGAGGCCUCUUCCUUCUUCUUACAGGAAUUGCUACACCCUGACACAAACGUAUACUGCAGGAUCGACCACAGACCAGAUAUAGCCCCUUAGCUUCCUCCAGGAACCACUUCUCUCUGAUGGAGGGUCCCCUAAGAUGCCAGGCCUAUGGAGGGGGCAGGACACAAGGCCUGAGGCAGAGUCAGUUGAGUCCUUUUUAGACUCUGGGUCCUGGGGCUGA